CAAAGUACUCUUUUGUACCACCAGUGCACAAUACUAAAAAAACGAACCACCUACGUUUAACUAAAAAAAAAUACCCAAAUGACCACAAACCGGCCAACGGGCUGGAUACAACACUAGUAACAAUUAUAGGUAGCGCGCACAAAUGAAUGGGUGGAUUGGAUUGAAGUAUCUAUGAAUUAAGUGAAUUGGAUCAAAUAGGUUAUAGGUUGGUGGAUUUAUGGAUUGUAUUAAGUGGAUUGGUGGAUUGAUGCAUUGAUAGGUAUCAAAAUAUAAUUUUCAAUGAUAUUUUUUCGUCUAAAAAUAAAUUUUAGGUACCAAAUUUAUUGGUUAACUAUUGACCACAAACAAUUUUUUUUUUAGUUUGAAAUUUUAAUGUGAAUUUUUAGUAUGCUUUUUUUAGUAAUUUAAAUUUUUAUUACUUUGGUGCUGACAUGACAUGAGCUGGAUUGUUGACCAUUAACCAUCCAAAUUGACGGUCAAACCACACGUCCAGACAAUUGAGUCUAUAUGGUAGAUAGUUGAGGCUAGGAUAGCAAUUUGAAACCAUGAGCCUGAUUACAUAGGUAAAUUUCGGGUAAGAAUAAGAUAUUAACCCUUAAUUUUAAGAGUGGUCAGAUUUAAGGGAUGAGAUUAAAAGAUUUGUAAUUUUCCUUACUUUUUUAAUCAUAUUGUCUCUUAUUUGUUUUAAAUGGAUUUUUUUUAAAGAUGGAAUCGUUUUGGUGUGAUCUACAAAAUUAUAUUCACUUUUAAUAUAUUUUGAGGAAAAAGAUUUACGUACCACCCAUUACCACUUGUUGCCAACUUGGUACCACUCUACACAACCUUCGCUUUUACUAAACUUUUGAGGAAAAAAAUCACGAAAUGAACGAGUUCAUCAUGAUAUAUUAUGUUUUACAAAUUUCAGGGAGGAAUCUCAGGACACAAUAAACCACAAUAUACCACCCUAGUAUAAGAUGGUAACUAGUUGUAGACGGUGAUUAAAUGUGAUAAAUGAUGAUUAGUAUAUUCCUCUUAUCAUAUAUAUAUCAUUCUACACUAUGACAUAUUCAUGGCACCAUGGUACACUUCCAUAUCAUCAUGAUAUAAUCAUAUGUACUACCUAUCAUUACCACUACUGUAUAAAUUGAUAAUAUAUGCCUCAAUUUUUUUAUUCAAAAUAUAUCAAAGUGGAUUUCAUUUUGAAGAACAUCAUUAUUUUUUUUUUGGGAAUUUUUUUAUUACAAAAUAAAACAAAAGUGAUAUAGCUGUGAGAAUUCAAGGGAUAAUACUAUUAAAAAUAUAAAAUUUUAGCAAAAUUGUCAUUUAUAUUUGGGUAAUGACUAUUUAUUAACCAAAACUUUUAGUUAGUAAUUUUGUUAGUAAUUUUGACUUGGCAACAUGAUACUGACUUGGAAGAGACACUUGAAGGUUAACAUUCCAAAAUUUUAGUAUUUUAACUAAGAAAGAGCUACAAAAUCAUUAACGAUAACGUAAAAAUGGAUAAUAUUUUGAUGCACUAUGAAAAUUUUGGCUAAUUAAUAGCAUUUUAAUAGGUUUGGAUAAUAUAAAAGAAUCUGGAAAAAGAUUGGAUAAAAAAUAGACAUUACUCUUUAUAUUUUGAACUUUCAAUAAACAAAAGGUCUAAUACCAUUAAAAAUACCAACCUUUAGUGACUUUUCCAUGUGUAUUACGAAACUUUCGAUAUUACAAUUGUAUACCAACAUUUAAUAGAAAAUAAAUCUGCAAUGAUAUGGCUAUUGACAUGAAAUUUAAAAAGAAAAAUUUUAAAUUAAGAAAAUGGGAUAAAACUGGCGGGUUGCAAAUUAGCCAUCGCCGAGCUUAACGUCAUGCUCCCGGUGCCGGCUCAACAUUGCCCAAACCACUACUAAUUUCCCAAUGAAAACGAACGUAUCUCACCAAAAUCCCCAAUUUCGCCUCUCUACUUCUCCCCAAAUUUUCUAUUUCAGUUCAUCUCUCAACUUCUUCCCCAAAUAUCCAACUCCAUCUCAACUAGCACCAGUUGUCAAAAAAAAAAAAUCUCAACGAGCACCAGGCCCGCGUCGGUGACGGGGUAAAUUACACACAAUCUUCUUAUUUGGUAAAAUUUGAAAUAUAAACCCAAUUGAUAAUAGUUCAUUUGUUUUCGUAACUUUUGUAAUAAAAUCUUGUUUGUACAAAAGUUUAUCCCUAAAAAUAUGUUUACUAAUACUACGAAAGUUUUAUCUAAAAAUUGUUGUAUGAAAGUGUUUAUGGGAGAAGUUCAAAUUAAACUAUCCAUGCGGAUUGAGGGAAUUAAUGUUAUUAUGAAUAUUAAUUAAGAGAAUUGAUUCGUGAUUUUACAAACAGUAAUAAUAAGCAAUAAUAUUCAUAAUAGCUUGAAAAAAUGUUAUAUGAGAUGAACGUAAAAACAGUAACAGGAAAUAAAUAUUUGGGCCACCAAUCCAACUGUUUAAUUGAUUUCCAGCCCACAGAAGAAUGGGCGAAUAUUGAGCCACCAGUUUGAAUGAUCGGGAAGUGGAACCAAAGUCGAAGGCUGUAUCCGUCCUUCAACAACCAAUCGACUUAUUUCUGGUUCUAAUCUUAUCUUAGAUUCUCAAUUAUGCUUCAUCUUCCCCGGGUUCUCCAGUGAUUCCUUUUAAUCCUAUCUCUUCAUACUCACCAAUAUGAGAAUCUCUAGCACCGGGCUCGGCCUGUUGGCUGGGGAGUUUGAUUAUUAUCUAUUUUGUAUGUGUUGUUACCACUUAUAAUGUGUGUAAAUGACAAAGAUCAUUAUGUAUCUUAUAUGUGUAGUUACCACUUAUAAUGUGUGUAAUUAGCAACGAUUAUUAUGCAUUUUAUAUGUAUUGUAACCAAUUAUAAUGCGUGUAAAUAACAAAGAUAUGCAACUGAUAGCGAUAUAAAUGUUUACAAAUAAAACAUUUAUAUUAGAUCUUUGAGAUAGUACAACAUAUCGAUGAAAAUGUUUCCUAGUAUUUAUCAUCCUUGUUGAUCACGAUAUAGGUUAUAGAUAUGAAAUUGUAUGAUUUGAAAAGGCUCGUUGGGGAUUGAUAGCCACAAAUGAAUGACCUAAAUUGCUAGCCCCAAAGUUAAUAUUUUGUCUCUUAAGUUCCAUAUUCACUUAAUAUGCACAAAAGAGAUAAGCGACAUAAAUCAAGUACUUCAAUAAAUUGAAAACUAAUUAUCUCCAAGAUCUUAUGAUUCCAUGAUAACUGAAAGAGAUAUAUUUAAAAUCUCGCACCAAGAGAAAAGUUUGAUAACAUAUUCAACAAAAUUGUUGCAAUCCUUCCCACAACAGGUAACGAAGUUAGACUCUUCCAAGUACCAAAGUUUCAUCUCCAAUUUUAUUUUUUACUUGCCUAACCCCCAAGAUUCAAUUUAAAAAGAAAAUACGCAUGCUUUUGCAAUUAAUCUCACCUACAAAGACGAAUGGAUCUAGGAGUAGGAAAGACAAUUUUGACCGAACGACAAAAGGAAGUGCAUAACAUAAAGACUCUGGUAGAUUGUGAAGAAGGGAAAGAUGUCACCGGGAAAGUGAAGGCGAAAGGAAUAUAUUUGUGGGUCAAGAGAAAGGAAAUGACGAAACUUAGUAACAAUUAUGUUUUAUUUCCUCCACAAUGUAAAACAAAAUACGAACGAAAGAAAACUACCAUUUCAUGGAAAAACCAAGAUUAGCUGAGAAUUUUUUAGACUUUUGAAAAUGAAAUCUGAAAACAAAAACUUUGUUCAGUAAUGAUUUACUUUAUAUGAAAGUUUGGUGGUCUGAUUACCAUAUUUUUAAAUUUAAUUAGUAUUUAUAUAAUUAUACCAUAUCGACGAUCUGGCAUAAAAAGCCUAUCGGAGCUCAGCCAUAUAGACAAUUUUAGUAGUACAAAACGGUUGAACAACAGUUUCAACACAAAACAUCAUAUCAUUGACUUUUUUUGGUACAAACUCGUGUAAUAUUUUGCAAUUUAAUCAAUUUAAAUUAACAAUAAUUCUCAAAUUAGGUGAAAACAAAUUUGUGUAGGAGGUUAAACUUACUUUUUAGUAAAAAGAUUACAUAAAUUUUAAAAAUGAUUAAAUAUUAAAUUCUCAAUUUUUUGUGGUAGUUAAAUAUUAAUUACUACUUUUGCAUGUGACGUUUGGACAGAUAGUUACAUAAUUUAAAAUGAAUAGAUUAUCAUAAUUAAAGGAUCAUUUCUCCAUAUUCCUUCCCAAUCUCUCUACAUAACCAAUAUAUAAUAAAAUUAAUUUAAUCUCCCCCGCUUAUCUCUUCUCCAUAACAAACCUGAUUAUUUUCAAAAUACAUCAAAUUCUCGAUUUGGCAUAAAAAUAUCCACAACUGUUAAUACCCGCAGAAAUCCGAUCAACCGGGUAGAGUGAAACUCAAACUUGAAAAAUAUUCAAUUGAUAUGGAUAAAAUUAAAAUUUGAAUAUUACGAUAAUGAGUGGAUAUGAUUUUGUUACUAACCAACUUGAACCCUCUCACCUUUACACAUACAUAUGUAUUAACAUUAUUUUUCUAUACAUAUUUGAUAAAAUCAACAGACUCUAGAACAUAUUUGCUAUAAACAAAGGUAUAAUACCUAUCCAGUUUUCUUUAAUUAUUUUUGCUCAUUUAUAAGAAAAUAUAUUUUUGCUUGGUGUUAUUAUACAAUAACAUCUCUAACGUGAUAUUAUCAUUAAUUAAACAUGGCGGGUAUAUAUAAAUAUAUAUAUAUAUAUAUAUAUAUAUAUAUAUAUAUAUAUGUAUGUGUGUAUAUAUAUGUAUAUGUAUGUGUGUGUAUAUAUAUGUGUGUGUAUAUAUACGUAUAUGUUAGCUUUAAUUGAGAAGUUAUUUUUUGUUCGUACUCGUGUCGUGCCGUGCUAAUCCGUGGGCAGUCCGGUCCGAUGCCCAUGUAUACUUAUCAUCAAAAAUAUUUUUUAGUUUAAUAAGACAAAUAAUAGUAAAUAUAAUGUAAUGUUUUAUCUUUAUUUAAGUGAUUAGGGUUCAAAUCCCAAUAAUGACAUUUUUAUUAUAUAAAGAUGAAUUGGGUGCAAUGACAAAAAUGACCUUCCUAAAAUUACCCCGGGUCACGAAAUUUGAAAUGGGACAAUUCUAACCCAUGAAUGGUUAGGAGGAGUGGUGAAACCGUAGACAGCGGUGGAGGAGUUGGGAUUGGAGUCGGUUGUAACAACAAUGUGGAAGGGAUGGGAAAUACAAUAGUGUCGAAGACAUUGAUGAUUAAGACGAUGCAAAAAAUUUUAAAUGUACAAUUUUAAAUAAAAAUUAUAAAACAGGUGCCGCUUAUGUGGACAAUAACUGGCACUGUAACACCCCGAUAUUUGGGUUCAAGUUUGACCCUAAUAAAAGAACUGUUGGAUUGACGGUACGAAGGGUGACAACCGUGGAUUAUGAAUACUAACAAUAAUAAUAAUAACUAUAAUUAUUAUAUCAUUAUUAUCAUUAAAAUAAUCAAUGGGUGGUCCUCAAAACCUGGGAGCGGUUACGGUGAUUACUAAAAAAAAGUAACCAUCAUCAUUACUAAGGCAAAUUGGGUAUAAAAAAUAUUUAUUAAUUAACUUUUUAAUAAAUAUAAUUUUAGAUA